AUUGUUGGUGCGAAAGGCCAUGAUGGAUAUGGCAAUGUCAAUGUGAAUAGCAAUAAUGUAUUUGAUGGCUUCCAAGGAGAUAAAGAUUAUUGGAGUGAUCUUGACAAUGAUCUUUAUUACUGGACAAAGGCAUUGCGUCCUGUGCAGUGGUUUCCUGGUCAUAUUGCAAAAGCAGAGAAAGAACUCAAGGAGCAGCUUAGGUUGAUGGAUGUUGUCAUUGAGGUGCGAGAUGGCAGAAUUCCAAUGUCCACAACUCAUCCACAGAUGGAUCUAUGGCUUGGUAAUAGAAGGAGAAUUUUGGUUCUGAAUAGAGAAGACAUGAUAUCAACUGCCGACCGUAAUUCUUGGGCAGCUUAUUUUGCUAAGCAAGGCACAAAGGUGGUCUUCUCCAACGGGCAACUUGGAAUGGGUACAAUGAAGCUAGGCCGGUUAGCAAAGGAAUUAGCAGCCGAUGUAAAUAUUAAACGCAGAGCCAAAGGACUGCUUCCUCGUCCGGUUCGAGCUGGAAUAGUUGGAUACCCUAAUGUUGGAAAGUCAUCGUUGAUAAACCGUUUACUAAAGCGAAGAAUGUGCCCUGCAGCCCCCAGACCAGGAGUUACAAGAGAAUUGAGGUGGGUUCGUUUUGGAAAAGAUCUUGAACUGUUGGAUUCUCCUGGGAUACUUCCAAUGCGAAUCAGUGACCAAUCAGCUGCUAUAAAACUCGCCAUAUGUGAUGAUAUUGGAGAGAGGUCCUAUGAUGUCACUGAUGUUGCUGCAAUUCUUGUGCAGAUGCUUACAAAGCUUCCGGCAGUAGGUGGAGAUGCUCUUCGCAAGCGAUAUAAGAUUGAUGUAGAUAGUCAAUGCGGCAAAACAUUUGUAGAGAAGCUUGCACUCCAAGUAUUUAAUGGAAAUGUUCCACAAGCGGCAUUUCGGGUCCUUGCAGAUUUUAGGAAAGGUAAAUUCGGUUGGACUGCACUGGAGAGGCCUCCGAGAUGAUGGAUGUGGUGUUUGCUUUCGAACUAGAACUCUUGUGAAGCUUGAAUUGAAGGUAAGAAUACCUCCAAGGCUAGAACUCAAUCCUCCUUGGUGAUAAGUGAAAAAAUGGAUAUUGUGAUUAUGAAUGACAUGAAUGGAGGACAAAGGUGGUGAAUGUUCUGAGAAAGACAACACCAUUGAAGAGUUUAAGUUACACCAAACAAAGAAUGCUUCCUGCUGUUACCAUGGAAUUAGUUGGCUCGAUGUAAGCUAUGUCUGUAUAAUGUAUUAAUGCAAUGUAUAUCUUUAAUUUUGUUAGCGUUAGAGAUAAUAAAAUUGUGAAAGAAGAUAAACAUUAUGAUUAGGCCAAAGCAUGAUCAAAUUGAGGAAAUUGCACAUAUUGCCACUUCUCAAGCAUAUACUCUAAUUCUAAAGCCACACCACAUAUUUUGGGUUUGAUCAUUCUCUCUCCUUAGACCACCUUAGACCACAAAAUACGAAUGGAUGGAUCCGUCUCUGUGAACGUGGACACAUAGCUUUGUGAACGUGUAGCUCUCUUAUCGUGCCGCUGGUCCGUGGAGCUCAACCGCCCGUCAUGCUGUUGCUAUGCCCUCCGCUGGAACUCCUCUGUGUGUCGUGCCAAGUCGACUUGCAUCGAAUUCUCAUCGCCGUGAGUGGCGCGUUCGGAUCCUUGAGGUCGGGCUUCACUUGGUGGGAGCCCUGCUGUCGGAUAUUGCGGCAAAGGAAAAACUACUUCAGACCCGAUUGGCAUGUGUUCAUCAUUCUCAAGCUUCUGAAGAUUAGAUAUGGAGAUUGUGGCGCUGGAAAUGAGGAUGUCAGCUCAGAUAUAUACCUUUCGUUGGGACUCAAAGGAGUAGGAUUUUCGAGGGUUUUAUCACAUCUUUCUUCACUUCUUAAGAGAUCGGUUCAGAGGAAUGAAACACAAAUUGAAGCAAAGCAUGUGAAAGGUGUUGUUACUGUUUUUCAUGGUUUAAGAGCACCUACUUUGAGUGUUUAAAAAUAUAUUUUCAAGUACGCAGGAUGCAGCCCCUCUUGCUUUGUUGUUGCACACAUAUAUGUUGAUAGAUUUCUUCAGCACACACAGGUCAAAUUGACUUCAAACGUGCAUCGGCUUUUGAUAACAAGCAUUAUGGUUGCAGCGAAGUUUAUGGAUGAUGCAUUCUUCAACAAUGCAUACUAUGUAAGUUGGAGGAGUAAGCACAUCUGAAUUGAACAAGUUGGAGAUGAGCUUUUGAAGAACGUGCCUGGGAAUUGCAGCGCAGCUGAGAAUCACGCCUAGAGGAAGAAAUCGCGCCUGUAACAGAGAGAAUCGUGGUGUAACUGAAAUUGGGGAGAGUAGGGUAGUGUUGAGUGAGAUUGGAUUUGGUUUUUAAUUUUUGAAUUUUUGUAUUUGUAUACAUAUUUGUAUGUAGUGGUUGAAAUUGGUGUACACGGAGCAUAAUGUUUAUAGAAUAGGAGGAGUGUUAGGGGCUAACAUUUUUUGUGAUUUGUAGCCAUUAAAUAGUCAUCAAUGAUGAUUUUAA